CCUCGACACGCUCCCUUUUAUUUUGAAACGUCUUUCCGGAAGCCCCAACAAAAGGAAAAGACGUCAAGGGGGCACCGGUCGAGCGAGGGAAACAACAGCCAUCAAGCCGAUGGAGCGACACGCGCAAAGGCUUUCGUCUCGUCAAGCCAACGUCAAAUGUGAAGCGUUGCCGUCGGACGUGCUGAAAGUGGUGGUGGGCGAAGACCAUCGGCCGGCGGGCCCCCGCUUCAAAGAGGAAGACGAGGAAGACUACGAGCGUCGGCCCACGAAGGAGGAGGAGGAGGAGCGCGACAUCAGUCGGGCGGACGCUUACGUCGUCCGCGUCAAGGUGGAAGAUGAAGGCCGUUGGUCACGCCUUUGCCAGGAGAUGGCGGGGGCGGAGUCAAGCUGUCACAUGACCACGCAAGCAGAAGACGGCAGCGCCGAGACCAGCCCGCUUCUGGCGCCGCUGUCCGACGGCGAGCCGGCCGAACAAGAAGAAGAAGAAGAAGGAGGAGAUUGGCCUCCUGACACGGACGACGGCGACGCCAUCCGAGAAGGUUGCGGAAAGGACGAGCGCUUCAAAUGCGUCGAGUGCGGCAAAAGUUUUGCCAAGCGCAAAAACCUGAGCACGCACAUGUCGCUCCACAGCGGAGAAGCUUUCGGCUGUUCGUUUUGCGGAAAAGCCUUCAAGAAACGCUACAACUUGCUCAUCCACGUUCGCGUGCACACCGGAGAGAAACCCUACGCCUGCUCCCUGUGCGGCCUCAAGUUCUCCCAAAAGGGAAGUUUGGCGCGCCACGCCGCCAUUCACACGGGGCAGAAGACGUUCACCUGCUCCGUGUGCGACGUCAGCCUCUGCCAGCGCUCCGAUUUGCUCGUCCAUUCGCGCAUUCACACCGGCGAGAAGCCAUUCGACUGCGCGCUGUGCGGCGCCCGCUUCUCCCAAAAAGGGAGCUUGGCCAGGCACGCCCGGACGCACACGGGAGAGAAACCCUUCUCCUGCUCCGUCUGCGCCGCCGCUUACAGUCGCAGGCCCGCCCUGCUCAAUCACGAGAAGACGCACGUCGACGGGCCGGCGUAUGGAGCUGAGCGCAACCCGUCGACACGUCCCAUCUGACCUUCCUUUUAUUUCUUUUUUUUUUUUCCUCCAGCUCUACUCACGACCGCUGCCUUCCUUCUCUUGUCAGAUGCAACUGGAACCCACGAAACCGACAUCCCCCAAAUCCUUUCAUGUGGUCCACUUGAUCAAAAUAGCGUUUGCGGGGAUUGGGGAACAAUUCCAAACGCACUCAUCCAACGCGAUUUUGAUGUCGUGGACUAUCUUGGCGUCUCUGCCUCAAACAAUGAAUCCAAUACGCCUGAGUCACAUGCAUUUUGUUUU